AUGAUAACUCUUCGUCUCCAACUACCAUUAUUCAUCUUCCUCCUUCAAUUCGCUUCUUUUUCGAACGCUUCUUCUUCUCCUCAUUCCAAUCUCACACACAUUUUCCAUGAUAUUUUGAAGGCAAUUUCAGCGAAACAAAACUGGGAUUUAAACGAUGUAACAAUUUUCAACUUCGAUCUUGCCAAAAUUAGGUUUGGAACUUCUCAAAACUACGAUUUCCGAAUUGGUUCCGGUCCCUUUGAGUUGAGGGUGGAUGAAAUUCACCACCUUUCACUCUCGUUGCCUAUGAAUGUUUCACUUACUGGUUUAAAACGCAUAAUUGUUGGUGAAGGUAUUACGGUCGAAGUAAAAAGAGCACGGGAAAUCUCUUUUUAUUACCGGUCGGAUCUUGAUCUCCAAAUGAAUGCAAGUGUUCUGCGUAGCAAAGGGAAAAUUGAGUUUUGGCCCUUUUUGCAAUCUACAUGCGUGCCUCUAAUUCCCUUAGGCGUAAAAGGUUCCGCAUCAUUGGUCGCUUAUGGAACUCGGAAUCCUAAUGCACAUAUAGGAACUAGAUUGAUUUCCGAAGACACUGUUGAGUUACUUCCAGAAAAAUGUUACCAUGGUUCUGUGUUUAGAACGCGAGCAUGCCCGGUUGCUUCCUCAAGUUUGAGAUUAAGUAUGUUGGAGAAAAUUUUAAAAAGUCUUCUUGGUCAUAAGAUCCUUCAAGAUCGAUUUUCUGGCCUUAUCAAAGCAAAUAUCAAAGCAUGUGCUGCUGUAAAGUUCCCCCUUGAAUUGGAAAGAGACAUAGGAAAAAACGCCACUCUUAGUACAUUGCCAGAUUGGAGAACAAGGCCAAGUGUCGAAAGGGUCUGGUUUGAGAUAUUAGCUAGAGUUGAAGAAAACAGACUCAAGCCUCUUUCAAUCAAGAAAGUUAAACCUUUUAUUGAAUCUAAUUCAAUUUCUUGGGCUAAUUUAGUGUCUAAUAUGUCGUAUACAAAGUUGCGGCCAGUUCUUCUUCCUCCAGAAGCUCUUACACUGGAUGUGAAAUGGUAG